AUGGAUUAUACGUUUGCCGCCUCGCCUCCCUUCUCAUCUGAAAAUUCACAUUUUCCUUUCGGAGUUGAAGUAGCAGAGAGUGCUUCGGAUCUAUCCAGCCCCACAUCUCCCAAUGGAAUAUCUCAUCCAAUGUGUACAUACACGGAGAGCCCAUAUGACAUGCUUUCAGUUGGCAACCCUCCAACGCCUUAUUGUGAUCCUAUGGCGGGGAAGAUUCCAGUAGAAUAUAUUGGUUCAACAUCGCUUGAUGGACAUGAUGGAAGACGAAGUAAAUCAAAAGAUAAGGAGAAAGUCUCCAGCAUGCACCUAAGACGUCGCGCCCAAAAUAGAGCAUCUCAACGAGCCUUUCGAGAACGAAAAGAAAGACACCUCAAAGGUCUCGAAAGCAAACUGCAAGAUCUGCACAGCAAACACCAGAAUCUGCUUCAGUCCUACCACCAGCAAACAGAAGAAGUACAGCAGCUCAAUAUUCGCAUUCAACAGCUGACCGCAGAGCUCGAUCUUUUGAGAUCAGCGACCGACGGCACAAUUGGCGAAAUUCUAAUGCCUGACAAGUUUGAUGUCGUCCCGUAUCCUAUGCUGGCGGCUUCUGGUCCGCAACAUCAUUGUGAGGAAGCGUUCAAAAUAAAUAGCGAUUUAAUGGCAUACCCGCCUGAAUACUAUGAUAGACUGUAG